GAAGGAAGUUCAGACAGCUCAGAGGACGAAAUAGGAGACUACAUAGCAGAGGGAGAUUUUCACAAGAUGGUGUUUGUGGUCAACUCAGAGCUUAAUAUGGGUGUUGGAAAAGUGGCAGCACAAGUUGCACAUGCUGCGCUGGGCAUUCACCGUUUUAUAUUGGACAAUCAGCAAAAGUUUGGGGAAAUGUUGCUACAUUGGGAGCAGUAUGGAGAGACAAAAAUAGUAUUAAAAGGGACAAAUAAAGACGAGUUAAUAGCAUUGGCGGUAAAGGCAGAAGCAUUAGGUCUUCCAAAUUAUAUAGUACAGGAUGCUGGGAGAACACAGAUAGCAUCUGGCUCAGUCACAGUGCUUGGAAUAUUUGGUAAAAUUAAAGACAUUGAUCAAGUGACAGGGCAACUGAAGUUGUUAUAACACACGUGAAUAGUUCUGGAAGCACAAAGACAAUUUAGAUGCGGUUCUAUGGGACUCUGUAUACAGACUUCCUUCUACAAGCUGGAGUCACAAGGAGAUUUUUCUCCCCCAGACAUACGCAAAUAUUUUUCUGUGUAUAUCUUGACAUAUAUAUGGUUUUAGGUCCUGUACCCCGACUUCCCGAUACCAGGGCCACUAAAUAAAUAGAUUUCAUAAAAAUUCUUAAAUUAUUUUAAAGAGAUUUUUAAUUAUUCAGUAGAUUCUUCGAUGAAUUUUCUAUAUUAUGAAUUCUUCAAUAAGUUUUUUUUUUAGCUUGAUAUUUCAAGAUACUCAUCAGGCUAAUUCUGUGCAUAUUCCUGUGAGAAUUUUGCACGGACUUUCAGAACUGAUGCCAUUACCAAACUGGGUCCUGUCCGAGUAUGCCUUGGGCAUAUUAUUGUUGCUCCAAAUAUGCAUGGGGAUUUUAAGUGGAGGUCAGAGGAGUGACCAUUGUAUGGGUUUUAAAAAAAUAUUCAGAUUUCCUGUAAUUUUUGUUAAAUAUCAUCCGUAUCUUAAGCAUUUUGCAGACCUUUCCAGUAGUACAGCAUUCAGGGUCAAGGAUAUAAAGUGGAGCGCGUUUAUUUUUUUCUGAGAUGUUGUAUUUUUCAGAGGGAAAUUUUGUCUGCAGCUUUCUUUCAUUCAUCUUUUUUGUGUUAAGUUAAAUAAAUUAUUGACAUUUUUA